AUGAAGUUUGGUAAGACGUUUCCCAACCACCAGGUUCCUGAAUGGAGUCACCAAUAUGUUAAUUAUAAGUCCUUGAAAAAGCUUAUAAAGCAGAUUAACCAUGAACAAGAGAAACUGUACCGUCUAAGUAAUGGGAAUAACAAGGGGGAAGGCCAACCGCCAGUCAAGACUAGAGAUUCGAAUAAUAUACAGGACAAUUUCCUGGAUGAUUCUGAAGUGAAAAAACUUUUGGCCUCUUUUUUCUUUGCACUUGAUAGAGAUAUUGAGAAAGUUGAUAACUUCUACAAUGUGCAGUUUUUGGAAUAUGAAAGACGGUUGCGCAGGUUGACUUCGUCUGCUCAGUUUACUGAUGUAAACAACGUGCUUUUGGCACAGUCUGGGAUUACUUUGAUUCGUGGUUUGCAGUUCUCGCAGUUGCAAUCGAAUGAUGUUGAUUCGAGUCACAAUGGUCGGGUUGGUCGUACUUCAGAGGUGAUUCCAAGCACUCAUGAUAUCUCUGAUGCACUUGAUGAAGUUUUAGGUAUGUUGCUUGAGCUCAGGUCACAUUUCCGUAACCUGAAAUGGUAUGGUGAAUUAAACAAGAGAGCAUUUAUCAAGAUUUUGAAGAAACUGGACAAGAAAGCUGGAACUAAUCAGCAACAAGCUUAUUUGCAAGCCAGAAUUUUGCCUCUGGGGUUCUCCAAUGAUAGUGAGGUGACUAAAAAUUUAGCUAUCGUGAAUGAAUUUUUAGAUAAAGUGUCCUUCAAGGUAAAGGGACAUAAUGGCAACGGGGCCAAUUUUAUUGAAAAGAACAAAUCCGAUCAGAGUUUGGGUGGUAAUCAGAACACUAAAGACAUCAUGUAUGGGCUUAUUGAAAAAGAUGAUGGUCCUGCUUUGAUCGAUGAGCUGACUGCCGCUUAUCGCUCCGUUGUGUUGAUCCCUACUAGAGUAUUGGUGAACUUAUUGAACAAGUCUGCUUUGGCGAAAUCGUUCAAAUGUGUCAAUGAACUGCUGGAGAUCAUCCCUUCACUACGUGAUCCAACUGAUAUUAACGUUAGGAAUUUCUUUCAUCAUCAUGUUAUCGCCUUGGGGAAAAACCAUAGAAAAAUUGUAGAAUCAAAGGAUUCGAAGACCGACGGUGACACGGUUGAAACUGUACAAAAUACGCCUAAUGAACUCGAUAACUUAAACUCUCUAUUGAAAGAAAAUGCGACUUUAGAAGCUGCAGCACCACCUUACUACACAUCAAAAUUGGUCGGUGCUUUCGGGCCCGAUGGUGCCAAUUCAAAUGAUUCGCCUGCUUCACUAAUAUACAUUCUCGAUAAAUUGCCCGCUCAUCUGAGACCAUGUUUGCUGCAGCGCGACAACUAUAAACGUACUCCACUUCAUUAUUCCUCCCAAUAUGGGUUGGUCGAAGUUAGCAAAAUUAUCAUUGAAAAUCUAAAAGAAUGGGGAGCCUGGAAUCCUGAUACUCCUAUUGAUAAUGUUGCUAUAUGGGGCGACAGUGAAAGACUAACACCUCUUCAUCUUGCUGUGUUAGGGUCUCAUCCUCUCACUGCUUCAACUUUACUUUCAUACAUGAAUUCUUCAAAACCGAUGAGCUCUCCACAACUGCUUCACUUAGCUACAAGGCUCAAUUCCCCACCUUUGAUUAAGGCAUUGUUGUCCGCAACUGGCUUUAACGUGAAUUACCGUGAUGAAGAAACGCUCGAGACACCACUUUACCUUGCCAGUAAGUUGAACCUAUAUGAUGCCGCAUCAUGCCUGCUGGAGAGUGGUGCAGAUACUGAAAUACCUGAGAAAUUAUUUGGUUGGACACCCAUCUUUGCAGCCGCCACGGAAGGUUUCAACAAGAUGGUACAACUUCUGAUUGAUCAUGGAGCAAAAUAUGUUGUGUUUGAUGAAAGUGGAUGGACACCCAUGGAACAUGCAGCUUUGAGAGGCCAUCUUGACAUUACAAAAAUCAUAAAGAUCACUAAUCAUCCAGAAGUCACGCAUCCACGUAUAUCAGUUAAUGGCGACAUCAUCAAAACGGAAGAGAAGAUGAUUGAUGAAUCUCAGAACAGCAUCGGGUCUGUGACUGCGGAGAAGAUUAAUAACAGUUGUGAUGGCCAAUCCUCAAUUAACCACAUAUCAUCCUCUAAUUCAGGCAUCUUCAAUCAACGUGAUUUAUUGAAAUCCUCGAGAUCCGGGCAAAGCCUCCAUAACAAGCCCCACAUAAGUGAACUGCCUCAACCAGUUAAAUCUUUUGGUCAUAGUUAUCUGAAAGAUGACGAGUCGAUCAUUUUGAUCACACUAGGUGGUAAUGAUACAAGACAAACUAGUCCUGCUGUAACUCUUAACAAUGUUCCAGUUACAAAAGUAUCCUCAACCGAACUUGACACAGCAUUGUCAUUGGUUAUCAGCUGUAGUAACGAUUUAAACGAUACCCCAAUUCUCGUGGAUUUGCCCUUAGAUGCUAACUUGGAUCAUAUCACUUUCAAAGUACCAUAUAAACAAGACAGUCCCCAUAUUGUUUACUUUGACGUGGUUCCCACCUAUGGUUCCGUUUCGACCAAUGACGUUUUCAACAAGGAUGAGCCUUAUUCGACUAUCGAUCCAUUGGGAAGAUCCCAUAGCUCAUUGAGCUCUAGCGCAUCAUUGCUAAAAGAAAGCAGGUCUCCCAAAGUACUCGGACGUGCGGUUGCAUUGCUUAAUAAGACAGGAGCCGCAGUUGGGUUAAAUCGUCGCUCUUUAACUGAUAAAGUGACACUUCCAAUUAUUGCCAGUGAGACUUUGGACGUUUUAGGGACGGUUUCAUUUGAAUACAUGAUGGUGUCGCCAUUUAGCCAUCCCAAGAUGUCUUUAGGGCGUACUGAGACCUAUUGGAAAUCCUUGGUUUCAACAAGGGUUAUUGGACAUCGUGGUCUAGGUAAGAAUCAGUCGACUAAAACUUCAUUGCAAUUAGGUGAGAACACUGUGGAGUCAUUCAUCGCCGCAGCAUCCCUGGGAGCUUCAUAUGUCGAGUUUGAUAUUCAAUUGACUAAGGAUAACAUACCGGUGGUUUAUCACGAUUUCUUGGUCGCAGAAACCGGUGUCGAUAUUCCAAUGCAUGAAUUGACUCUAGAACAGUUCUUACACCUCAACAAUGUGCAAACUCACAUGAACGGAUUCAACAAUGAUGAGAGACGUCGUUCUGUCGAUGAUAGUGGUGUGUUCAACAAGGCCUUCCGCGACAGUUCCAACAACAGUAGCGCUUACUCUAACAUCUCGAAAGUACUAGAGAACAGAAUGCGGUUGACCAAGACUUUCAAGGAGAAAAACUAUAAAGGUAACUCUCGUGGUCAUUCAAUUGCUUCUUCGUUUGUCACUUUGAAGGAGUUGUUUAAGAAGAUCCCCGCCAAUGUUGGUUUCAACGUGGAGUGUAAAUACCCAAUGGUUGACGAAGCUGAACAAGAGGAUAUUGGGCAAAUCGCUGUCGAAAUGAAUCACUGGGUAGAUACUGUGUUGCAAGUGGUUUACGACAAUGCCAAUGGCCGUGAUAUCAUGUUCUCAUCGUUCCACCCGGAUGUCUGCGUGAUGCUUUCGUUGAAGCAGCCUUCUAUUCCAAUCCUUUUCCUGACUGAAGGUGGUACCGCCCAAAUGGCCGAUGUGAGAGCCACUUCACUACAAAAUGCAAUCCGCUUCGCACGUAGUUGGAAUUUGCUCGGUAUAGUCUCAGCCGCAGCCCCCAUUAUCGAAGCACCUCGUCUGGCUCAAGUGGUUAAAUCCAGUGGUUUAGUCUGCGUCACUUACGGUGUAGAAAACAACGAUCCCGAAAAUGCCAAAAUCGAGAUGGACGCAGGUGUAGAUGCAGUCAUUGUGGACAACGUUCUAGCAGUCCGUAAGGGCCUAACCAAGGAAGGUUGA